GGGGCCUGACAGGUCAAAUGACUGAGUGUCACUUUUGUGCGACUGGUGUUUUUAUUUCCGGCGUAGUAGGGGCCAGCCUAGGAUUUGCUGCCGCCUGAAACCGCUACCGGUAGUCUUCCCGCCGUCAUGUCCGAGACGGACAGCGAUGAAGAUUGCGCUGGAGGAGGCCCGUUUUCUUUAACCGGCUUCUUGUUCGGCAACAUCAACGGAGCCGGGCAGCUGGAGGGGGAAAGCGUCUUGGAUGAUGAGUGUAAGAAGCACCUGGCCGGGCUGGGCGCUUUGGGUCUGGGCAGCCUGAUCACUGAACUCACUGCAAAUGAAGAAUUGGCGGGGACUGAUGGUGCCGUGGUAAACGAUGAAGGAUGGAUCAAGAGUACAGAAGAUGCUGUGGACUAUUCAGACAUCAAUGAGGUAGCAGAAGAUGAAAGCCGAAGGUAUCAGCAGACAAUGGGAAGCAUGCAGCCCCUUUGCCACACAGGUUAUGAUGAAGAUGACUAUGAUGCUGACUGUGAAGACAUCGAUUGCAAGUUGAUGCCUCCCCCACCUCCACCUCCAGGACCAAUAAAGAAAGAUAAAGACCAGGAUGCUAUUACUGGUGAGAAAGUGGACUUCAGUAGUUCUUCUGACUCAGAAUCUGAGAUGGGACCUCAGGAAGCAACACAAGCAGAAUCUGAGGAUGGAAAGCUGACCCUACCUUUGGCUGGGAUUAUGCAGCACGAUGCCACCAAGUUGUUGCCAAGUGUCACAGAACUUUUUCCAGAAUUUCGGCCUGGAAAGGUAUUACGCUUCUUACGUCUUUUUGGACCAGGGAAAAAUGUUCCAUCUGUUUGGCGGAGUGCUCGGAGAAAAAGGAAGAAAAAACACCGUGAGCUGAUACAGGAAGAGCAGGUCCCAGAAGUGGAGUGUUCAGCAGAAUCAGAAGUCAACCAGAAGUCUUUAUGGAACUAUGACUAUGCUCCACCACCACCUCCAGAACAUUGUCUCUCUGAUGAUGAAAUCACAAUGAUGGCUCCUGUGGAGUCCAAGUUUUCCCAAUCUACUGGAGAUACAGAUAAAGUGACAGAUACUAAACCAAGAGUGGCUGAGUGGCGUUAUGGGCCUGCCCGACUAUGGUACGAUAUGCUAGGUGUACCUGAAGAUGGCAGUGGGUUUGACUAUGGCUUCAAACUGAGAAAGACUGAACAUGAACCUGUGAUAAGAUGCAGAGUGAUGGAGGAAUGUAAGAAACUUGAGGAAAGCAGUGGCACUGAUCUUCUGGCAGAUGAAAACUUCCUAAUGGUGACACAGCUACAUUGGGAGGAUGAUAUCAUUUGGGAUGGAGAAGAUGUGAAACACAAAGGGACAAAACCUCAGCGUGCGAGCCUAGCAGGCUGGCUUCCUUCCAGUAUGACUAGAAAUGCCAUGGCUUAUAAUGUUCAACAAGGUUUUGCAGCCACUCUUGAUGAUGACAAACCUUGGUACUCCAUUUUUCCUAUCGAUAAUGAGGAUCUAGUGUAUGGACGCUGGGAGGACAAUAUCAUUUGGGAUGCUCAGGCCAUGCCCCGGCUGUUGGAACCUCCUGUUUUGACUCUUGAUCCCAAUGAUGAGAACCUCAUUUUGGAGAUUCCUGAUGAGAAAGAAGAGGCCACUUCUAAUUCUCCCUCCAAGGAGAGUAAGAAAGAAUCAUCUCUGAAGAAGAGUCGAAUUCUCUUGGGGAAAACAGGAGUCAUCAAGGAGGAACCACAGCAGAACAUGUCUCAGCCAGAAGUGAAAGAUCCAUGGAAUCUCUCCAAUGAUGAAUAUUACUACCCCAAGCAACAGGGUCUUCGAGGUACUUUCGGAGGGAAUAUUAUUCAGCAUUCAAUUCCUGCUGUGGAAUUACGUCAGCCUUUCUUUCCCACCCACAUGGGACCCAUCAAACUCCGGCAGUUCCAUCGCCCACCUUUGAAAAAGUACUCCUUUGGGGCACUAUCUCAGCCAGGUCCCCACUCAGUUCAGCCUUUGCUAAAGCACAUCAAAAAGAAGGCCAAGAUGAGAGAACAAGAGAGGCAAGCUUCAGGUGGUGGAGAGAUGUUUUUUAUGCGCACACCUCAGGACCUCACAGGCAAAGAUGGAGAUCUUAUUCUUGCAGAAUACAGUGAGGAAAAUGGACCCUUAAUGAUGCAAGUUGGCAUGGCAACCAAGAUAAAAAACUACUAUAAACGGAAACCUGGAAAAGAUCCUGGAGCCCCAGAUUGUAAAUAUGGAGAAACCGUGUAUUGCCAUACAUCUCCUUUCCUGGGCUCUCUCCAUCCUGGACAGUUACUACAGGCAUUUGAGAACAACCUCUUUCGUGCUCCAAUCUACCUUCAUAAGAUGCCAGAAACAGACUUUCUGAUCAUUCGGACAAGACAGGGUUACUACAUUCGGGAAUUGGUGGAUAUAUUUGUGGUUGGCCAGCAGUGCCCCUUGUUUGAAGUUCCUGGACCCAACUCCAAAAGAGCCAAUACACAUAUUCGAGACUUUCUACAGGUCUUUAUUUACCGCCUCUUUUGGAAGAGUAAAGAUCGGCCAAGGAGGAUUCGAAUGGAAGAUAUUAAAAAAGCCUUUCCUUCCCAUUCAGAAAGCAGCAUCCGGAAGAGGCUAAAGCUCUGUGCUGACUUCAAACGCACAGGGAUGGAUUCUAACUGGUGGGUGCUGAAGUCUGAUUUUCGUUUACCAACUGAAGAGGAGAUCAGAGCUAUGGUGUCUCCAGAGCAGUGCUGUGCUUAUUAUAGUAUGAUUGCUGCAGAGCAGCGACUGAAGGAUGCUGGCUAUGGAGAAAAGUCCUUUUUUGCUCCAGAAGAAGAAAAUGAGGAAGAUUUCCAGAUGAAAAUUGAUGAUGAAGUUCGCACUGCUCCUUGGAACACCACAAGAGCUUUCAUUGCUGCCAUGAAGGGCAAGUGUCUACUGGAGGUGACUGGGGUGGCAGAUCCCACAGGGUGUGGUGAAGGAUUCUCCUAUGUGAAAAUUCCAAACAAACCAACACAGCAGAAGGAUGAUAAGGAACCUCAGCCAGUGAAGAAGACAGUGACCGGAACAGAUGCAGACCUUCGUCGCCUUUCUCUGAAAAAUGCCAAGCAACUUCUUCGUAAAUUUGGCGUGCCUGAGGAAGAGAUUAAAAAGUUGUCCCGCUGGGAAGUGAUUGAUGUGGUGCGUACAAUGUCAACAGAACAGGCCCGCUCUGGAGAGGGCCCUAUGAGUAAAUUUGCCCGUGGAUCAAGGUUUUCUGUUGCUGAACAUCAAGAGCGUUACAAAGAGGAAUGCCAGCGUAUCUUUGACCUACAGAACAAGGUUUUGUCAUCGACUGAAGUCUUAUCAACUGAUACAGACAGCAGCUCAGCUGAAGACAGUGAUUUUGAAGAAAUGGGAAAGAAUAUUGAGAACAUGCUGCAGAACAAGAAAACAAGUUCUCAACUGUCACGUGAACGUGAGGAGCAGGAGCGGAAGGAGCUACAGCGGAUGCUACUGGCAGCGGGCUCAGCUGCAUCAGGAAACAAUCAUAGAGAUGAUGACACAGCUUCUGUGACUAGCCUUAACUCCUCUGCCACUGGUCGUUGUCUCAAGAUAUAUCGCACAUUUCGAGAUGAAGAAGGGAAAGAGUAUGUUCGCUGUGAGACAGUCCGAAAACCAGCUGUCAUAGAUGCCUAUGUGCGUAUACGCACUACAAAAGAUGAGGAAUUCAUUCGAAAAUUUGCCCUUUUUGAUGAACAGCAUCGAGAAGAGAUGCGAAAAGAGCGGCGGAGGAUUCAAGAACAAUUAAGGAGGCUUAAGCGGAACCAGGAAAAGGAGAAGCUUAAGGGUCCUCCUGAGAAGAAGCCCAAAAAACUAAAGGAGCGUCCUGACCUAAAACUGAAAUGUGGAGCAUGUGGUGCCAUUGGGCACAUGAGGACAAACAAAUUCUGUCCCCUUUAUUACCAAACAAAUGCUCCGCCUUCCAAUCCCGUUGCCAUGACAGAGGAACAGGAGGAGGAGUUGGAAAAGACAGUCAUUCAUAAUGAUAAUGAAGAACUUAUCAAGGUUGAAGGGACCAAGAUUGUCUUGGGGAAACAGUUAAUCGAGAGUGCUGAUGAGGUUCGCAGAAAAUCUCUGGUUCUCAAGUUCCCUAAACAGCAACUUCCUCCCAAGAAAAAACGACGGGUUGGGACUACUGUUCACUGUGACUAUUUGAAUAGACCCCAUAAGUCCAUCCACCGGCGCCGGACAGACCCUAUGGUAACAUUGUCGUCAAUCUUGGAGUCUAUCAUCAAUGACAUGAGAGAUCUUCCAAAUACCUACCCUUUUCACACUCCAGUGAAUGCAAAGGUUGUAAAGGACUACUACAAAAUCAUCACUCGACCAAUGGAUCUACAGACACUCCGUGAAAAUGUGCGCAAGCGUCUCUACCCAUCUCGGGAAGAGUUCAGAGAACAUUUGGAGCUAAUUGUGAAAAACAGUGCAACCUAUAAUGGGCCUAAACACUCACUGACCCAGAUCUCUCAAUCCAUGCUGGAUCUUUGUGAUGAAAAACUCAAAGAGAAAGAAGACAAAUUGGCUCGCUUAGAGAAAGCUAUCAACCCCUUGCUAGAUGAUGAUGACCAAGUGGCUUUUUCAUUCAUUCUGGACAACAUUGUCACUCAGAAAAUGAUGGCAGUUCCAGAUUCUUGGCCAUUUCAUCACCCAGUUAAUAAGAAGUUUGUUCCAGAUUAUUAUAAAGUGAUUGUCAGUCCAAUGGAUUUAGAGACUAUACGUAAGAAUAUCUCCAAGCACAAGUACCAGAGUCGGGAGAGCUUUCUAGAUGAUGUAAACCUUAUUCUGGCCAACAGUGUAAAGUACAACGGGCCUGAGAGUCAGUAUACUAAAACUGCUCAGGAGAUUGUGAACAUCUGUUACCAGACAUUGACUGAGUAUGACGAGCAUUUGACUCAACUUGAGAAGGAUAUAUGUACAGCUAAAGAAGCAGCUCUGGAGGAGGCAGAAUUAGAAAGCCUAGACCCAAUGACCCCAGGUCCCUAUACACCUCAGCCUCCUGACUUGUACGAUACCAAUACAUCCCUCAGUAUGUCUCGAGAUGCCUCAGUAUUUCAAGAUGAGAGCAAUAUGUCUGUCAUGGAUAUUCCCACUGCUACUCCAGAAAAGCAGGUAACACAGAUGCGCCAGGGCCGAGGUAGGCUGGGCGAGGAAGACUCUGAUGUAGAUAUUGAAGGGUAUGAUGAGGAGGAUGGGAAACCUAAGACUCCAGCCCCAGAAGGUGAAGAUGGAGAUGGUGAUCUUGCAGAUGAAGAGGAAGGAACUGUACAACAACCCCAGGCCAGCGUUUUGUAUGAGGAUUUGCUUAUGUCUGAAGGAGAAGAUGAUGAAGAAGAUGCAGGAAGUGAUGAAGAAGGAGAUAAUCCUUUCUCUGCUAUUCAGCUGAGUGAAAGUGGAAGUGACUCUGAUGUGGCAUCUGGUGGUAUAAGACCAAAGCAGCUCCAUGUGCUACAGGAGAACACAAGGAUGGGCAUGGAAAAUGAAGAAAGCAUGAUGUCGUAUGAGGGAGACGGUGGGGAGGCUUCCCAUGGUUUGGAGGAUAGCAACAUCAGUUAUGGGAGCUAUGAGGAGCCUGAUCCCAAGUCGAACACCCAAGACACAAGCUUCAGCAGCAUCGGUGGGUAUGAGGUAUCAGAGGAGGAAGAAGAUGAGGAGGAAGAGCAGCGCUCUGGGCCAAGUGUACUAAGCCAGGUCCACCUGUCAGAGGACGAGGAGGACAGUGAGGAUUUCCACUCCAUUGCUGGAGACAGUGACUUGGACUCUGAUGAAUAAGGCUUCCUUUGGGCCUCUUUGGUCAGCCUUCCCUGUUCUCCAGCCUAGGUGCUUCACUUUUCCCCAUUUUUUUUGUUUAUAUUUGUACAGUGUCUGGUCCUGAAAUCACCAGAUUAACUAACACCUUAGGCUUUAAUAAUAAGUAAAUGAUCUCUCCUGAUCUCGGGGCAAUGUCACCCUUUGAUGUAAAACCAAGCUACCCUUUCCCCUACCACUACCGAAAAGAGAACAAUCUCACUCUUCUCCAGUACUGUUCUUUAACUUCAUUUAUUGCUUUAGGUAUAUUUUUUUCCCUGGGGAAAGAGGAGAAAUUAUGAAAAGACUAAUAACUUAUGUCCUCCUCGUACAUUAUAAGUUCUCUAUGCAUGGUAUCAUUUCAGUUUUCUAAUUUGCAGGCUGGAAUAGCUGAGAACACCUCUGAUGGAACAGAGAAUUGGAUUCCAGUGGGCUCUGUGGGACACUUAAACCUAUUGGACAAACUGCCCAUUAACUUUAUUAUUUAGUUAUACAAUGCCUUGUUCCUAAAUGGAUUUGAGGCAAGUGACUAUAAAUCUUUGAAACAGCCUGUAUGUCAGAAAUGAUAUGUUGCCAUGUAAAUGUGUUGUUUCCUCCCGCGUGGGGAAUGGUAGGAAAAUGGUAAGUUCCUUAGGACAAAGACUGUGUCUUCUGUUUCUUUUCAUGCUUAGGAGAUGGUUCUGUGCAAAGUAGGUACUCAGUAAAUGUUUCUAGAAUCAUAAAAUCCUCAGUAGAUAUAUUACUAAGUAUCUGCUCCACAAUAAGCACUCUAUCAGAUCCUUUGGAUGCAAAGGUAAAGAAGGCACAUCUCUUUUACUUAAAGAGAUUACCAUCAAGUUGGGGGGGAUGGGAAGUCAAACAUGUUAAUAAAUGAUUAAGUACUGUGAGAUAAGUGCAAUUAAGAAGCUAGCUAUAAAAUAUAAGAGAAAAUAGAGGAGUCAUCACAUUUGAAAAAAGUCAGGGACAUCUUCCUAGAGGUAAGUUUUAAAGCUGAUUAUUGAAGAAAUAGGAGCUUGCCAGAUGGAAAGGUCUAGGCAAACUGUAAUGUGAAGUGAAAAGGCCAUAGGGGCUGGGGAUUUAGCUCAGCGGCAAAGCGCCUGCCUGGCAAGUACAAGGUCGUGAGUUCGGUUCCUGGUA